AUGAAUAGUCGUACAAGGAAAAUGUUGAAUAUGGCCACAGAGCACAGAGUUCCAACUAAAAAUAGUGCAGACUAUGCAUAUGCAAAUCAUAAAGUUAUGGUAUUAGACAAAUAUUGUCUACAAAAUUUACCUCAAAACAAUUCUAUAAUUGACCAAAAUAAUAUAUUAAAUGAAGUAGUACUACAGGAGAAGCAAAAUAUAUUAUUAGAAGUAGAAAAAAAGAAGCAAAAUGAUGAAUUAAUACCUGCUUCAUAUUCCAUAAGAAAUGAGAAUAGUAUCAUCUAUCAUGAUAAUUCAUACAGUUCUGGAAGUGGCAAAUAUGAAAAUCAAAUCUUACCUCAAAAUAACUAUGUAGUUGACCAAAAUAUAUCAUAUGAAGUAGAACUGGAGAAUCAAAAUAUAUUAUUUGAAGUAGAACAAGAGAACCAAAAUGAUGUAUUAUUACAUGCUUCAUAUUCCAAAAGAGAUAAGAAUAGUGCCAUCGAUGAUGAUAUUUCAUAUAUUUCUGGAAGUGACAAAUAUGAGAAUCAAUACUUUACUCAAAAUAACUAUGUACUUGACCAAAAUAUAUCAUAUGAAGUAAAACUGGAGAAUCAAAAUAUAUUAUUUGAAGUAGAACAAGAAAACCAAAAUGAUAAUAGUGCCAUUGAUGAUGAUAAUUCAUAUAUUUCUGGGAGUGACGAAUAUGAAAUUCAAUUUGGUAAUAACAAUAGAAAUGAGUACAACAAUUUAACACAGAAUAGUAUCAUUGAUCAUAUGAUAGUUGCUCGUUAUUCAAAAAGAGAAACAAAUGGUGCACUGACAUAUUUUUAA